AUGGCUCAAGCCAAUGCGCUCUCGCGCCUGGACGAUAUCUCCCGUGCAAGCCCUGGACUUUCCAGCAACAACGCAGCCGCUGGGACUAAGAGGAAGAGAGUCGCGGAGCGGAAGUAUUAUGCCGUCCAGCAGGGAAAGACACCCGGCAUUUAUGACUCCUGGGAAGAAUGCCUGGCUCAGGUGAGAGGACACAAAGGCGCAAUAUUCAAGGCCUUUCUGUCUCUUCACGAAGCUCAGUCUUUCAUGGAGGGUAAACUGCUGAAGUCUUCCACAACGUUGGGAGACCAGAAAUUCUAUGCUGUUCAGAACGGACGCGUCCCUGGCGUGUACACUGACUGGACAGAGGCGCAGGCUCAAAUCCGAGGUGUCAGAAAACCUAGGCACAAGAAGUUCAAUACUAGGGCCGAAGCAGAGGCUUUUGUUGCUGCAGGCAAGAAGCCAAGUGGAUGGGACAUCUCACAGCCAGUCACUCCGGAGGAAGAGAUCAGACGUUUAAUUGUUCGCAAUUCUGCUCCAGGUCUACAACUCAAUGGCACCUAUACACCCACAGACAAGGAUGGCAACCCGUACGACAUAGGCCGAGGACCUCUUCCACCUGGUGCCGAAGAUGGCUUUGACCCCAAUCUCAAACUCCAUACUGACGGAACCAUCAUCAAUCGAACAGAGGAGGAGAAGCACCGAACCAAAAUUGUGCCAAAAGACAGAGAUCCACCAGGCAUGCUUCGGAUCUACACCGACGGCUCAAGUCUUCGGAAUGGUCAAGCUGGCGCACGAGCAGGGGUAGGAGUGUAUUUCGGACCACAGGACCCAAAGUAUGACUCUCCAUCCUCCACCUCACUCACCUCCACCUCCACAUCUACCUCCGUACCCACAUCCUCUUUCAAUCGUCAUCGUCAUCGUGUAUAUUAUAUCGACUGGGCGGAGCGGACGCGCGACCUGGAGUCCAACGGCCCGACACCGUUGUCGCCGUCACCCUUACCCUCUAAAAAAAGCAAGCAUCGAAAUCGCGAGCCAGAAGCGGAAGGUGACAAUCAAAAGCUAACCAAUUGGCGUUAUAGAAACGUUUCCGAGGCUCUGAAAGGCAGCAAGCAGACCAACCAACGGGCCGAACUCACGGCCAUCUCAAGAGCCCUGGAUAUUGCUCCUCGCCAUCGAGAUGUUACGAUUUACACGGACAGCAAGUACGCGAUUAGCUCAGUGACAGAGUGGUAUCGGAAUUGGGAGAAGAAUGGAUACCUCAAUUCGAGUCGCAAGCCGGUGGAGAACAAGGACCUUGUGAUUGAUAUCCGAGGGAAGAUUGAGGAGAGGGAAGCACUGAAAAAGCAGACUAUUUUUGUUUGGGUCAAGGGUCACGCUAAUAAUGCGGGCAAUAUCGAGGCGGAUAAACUGGCAGUUCAAGGCUCUCUGCUAGGAAGAGGUGCAUCGGAGGAGAGCGGUGAUGAUGGUAACGCGCUGCAUGGGCAGAAUGGCAUCGGCGCAGAGCAAGAUGGGGAUGACAUGGAUGACGAGAUGAAGCUGGCCUUCCAGGCCAUGGACGACGCGAUCGCGGAUGAUAGUGAUGAUGAUCUCAAAUGA